AUGUCAUCUACAUCAUCCUACAAGCAAUUUGCUCACUUAAAAAUCCCACUUGAAGAGAUACAAUCUGCCACCAACAACUUUUCUGAUGCAAACAUCAUCAGGAAAGAUGCAUUUGGAUAUGAAUACAAAGGACAACUCUUGAGGUCCGGUCAAUUGAUUGAUAUUGUCGCGAGGAGGUUAGAUAAUAAGAAAGGGCUAGGAAACAAAGAGUUUUGGAUGGAGGUUUCGUUGCUUUGUACAUCCAAGCAUAGAAAUCUCGUAUCCAUUGUUGGGUUUUGUGAUGAGAGUGGUGAGAAGAUGAUCAUAAACAAGCAUGAAACCCGUGGAAGUCUGUAUGAAUAUCUUGGAGAUCCAGUCCUCACAUGGAUUCGAAGGUUGGAGAUCUUUGUUGGUGUUGCGAAGGUAUUGAGUUACAUUUAUCAUGAUAAAGGAUGCGAUUUUAGCGUCAUACACAGUGAUAUCAAGAGCUCCAAGAUUCUACUGGAUGACGAAUGGGAAGCGAAAUUAUCUGGUUUUGAACUUUCCAUCACUCAGGCAGCAGCUCGAAGAAACCGACUUUGCCUGACUGAUAUUCGUCACACGUCGGAAUAUUCUGACCCAACAUAUGUCAUGAGUGGAAGUUUAACCCACAAGUCGGAUGUGUAUUCCUUAGCCGUGAUACUAUUUGAACUACUGUGUGGAAAGGAUGCAGUGACGAUAGAUGCGGAUGAUAGGACGUCAACUCCAUUGGCUAAAACGUAUCAUCAAGAGGGAAGAAUAGAUGAUAUGGCUGAUCCAGGUUUACGGAAACAGAUGAAUCCACAAUCGUUCAGAAUCUUCAAAGAAACAAUAUAUUACUGCUUUCAGGAUCAACGAUCACAACGCCCAAACAUAAAUCAGAUUCUCAUCAAACUUGAGAAAGCGUUGGAAUGUCAACGAAAACAUGAAAAUCCUGUAAGACUUUUGGUUUCACUUUCCCUUUCACCUAGCUUCUUGUAA